GUCGAGUGCAAAACGCGAUUUGGGUGUUAUAUAUGCUGGACCAUUUCAAAGUGGAAAGUCAGUCGGUAAACAACAACCAAAUUGAAUCAAUAUCAAUGCAAGCUUCACAGCAUUGCUUUCACCACAAUCUACAUGAGCGACUUUGACAUGUUUGGGACAGAUCCUUCCUCAUACACGCAACAAGCUCGGAGAUCAUUACGUUCAAUUUUCGGAGACGAAUUUCAAUCAGAUACUACUAAGCAACAACACAGCAACUCAGCAUCACCAUCACACGCGCAGAAUAUAGUUCCAGCGAAGAACACUAUGGAAUCGAUGCAAAGCGCGGCAGGGUCUAUGCCAUGUAUUCCGACCCCAGAUAGCAUAUUCAAUCCAUUCAAUAAUCCAUUCAAUAAUCGUACGUCAAGUACUGAUAUACCCCAAGUACCAAUACAGAGUACUGCAAUCCAUCAGGAAUCUUUCGACUUUGACAGCUUUGGUGCUCUGCAGCGCUUUGAGUUUAUCAAAGGAGAAGAAACAUGCACUGUACCACAGCGGCAGCAACACAUUUCACUCCCACUUAACUAUCAGAUGUCCAAGGGUAACAUAACUUCUGAUACACACCAAAAAAGUGAUGUUACCGUAGGCCCAUAUUCUAAACACCCGCGGAGGAGGGGUUCACGUUCAGAUAUGAGGAGUCACAGCGAAAAUCAUUCUCCGGUGUUACAUAUGAGAACUAGCAAGGGAGAACAACCCUCAAUUGGCAACGCCAGCGGUUUCGGCUCUAAAGCCGGUUAUAAUGCUAGUGGUAACAAUUUGGACGAAGACUCGCUGGAAGCAUUCAACGCACUACAACUCAACUUCAUAAGUACCAUGCCCUCAGCGCAGCAGGCUAAUUUCAAUCCGGUGUCUUUUGACCUAUCAGGUGCUGUUGCAUCAAAACCACAUGGGAUCACUAGAAGCGUAAGCCUCAAUCACACCGACAGUGCUGCUGGUAAUGUGAAUGUUAAGGGUGAGACACAAGUGGGCGAAUUCUUGAUAUUGUCCACGGCAGCGUAUUUGAAUCAACAACAGUCCUGGAUGGAACAAUUACCGGGUUUACAAGAAAGCACCUUUCACAGCAAUGGUGGAAGGAUACACAACAACACUAUUGACUGGAAUGCUUAUGAGUGGAUAGAACAACAACUGAACCGCACAGACGAGACAAUCAAAGCAGUUACGGAAAAGAUGACUGCGAUGGAAUCUUCGAGUAAUGCCAUAUCUCCUUCCGAAUUGUCCCAUGUGAGCGCUCAGGUUUCACAUCGAUCGGCUGACUUUUUAUCUUCGCAAGGGAAUCCCAAUAUCAGUUCACCUAUCAGCGAUCCACCUAGUGCGACAAUACCAUCUACCGAACAAAUCUACCCACAGAGGGUGAAUGUGCUUCAGAGGGCUAGUUCCGAUGUUCGUUUCGCUGAGCUUCCUUUGGGGACCAAACCAUCCACAACCGAAACACAUUCGCGGGUGUCACAGCAACCGGCCGCACAACCGCUCACACACGCACCCUUGAAUCGAAUGCUCUCUGAAUCUAUUUCUAGUAGCAGAGGUCGUGGUAUUGACCAAUCAAAACCCAGCCAUUCGCAUGGCCCAUAUCGCAGCCAGAGUCUCACUAACCGGAUCCCUGCACCCGUCUCUACCAAACGUGUGGGGCGCAAGGUCAAACCCAAGAAAGUGUGUUCCAACUGCAAUGUAACGGCUUCCAUGCUCUGGCGUAAGGGUCGGGAUGGCAACUAUUUGUGCAAUGCAUGUGGUCUAUACGAGCGGGUUAACCACGCUCCUCGCCCGGAGAUGCUGUUCAAAGAGAGUGAACAAAGAUGGUGACCGUGGCUUCAUUGUAUAAAGUGCCGGUAUGCUGUUAGACAACGUUCGGGUUCGCAGGGUGACUGGUUUCAACGGCUAUUGCUUUGAUUUUAAAUUUGUUAUAAUCAAUAGGAGAAAGAAUUAAAGUUCCAACUUGUAACCG